GGUUUGGCUGCCGUCGCUCUCUUCCUCCCUUUUUUCCCUCUCCGUCAAGCAACCGCCUUCUUCUUCCCGCCAUCCACCCGCUUACUUUGCUCCUCAGGACCGCAAACUUCAGAUAAAAUGGAUAUGGAGAACGAGCUCUACCCGGCGUUCGCGCCUUUCUUUGGAUUCGCUGGGUGAGUGUCCCCGCGUGUGUCGGUCGAGUGCUUCGAGUCUAGCAGCGCCAGUGCAGGAGCAGCCGUCAAUGCGAGCGAAUUCCAUCCCAUCAGAUGUUUUACAAUCGGGUCGUGCUUUUAUUUUGAUCCUGCUGCUGUUGUUUACCGUUAUUUAUCGCCGGAUUUGACAAACAGGAAGGGAUGGAAUUGGCCGCGGGCUAUCACUCAAUCACUCGAGAAGACCACGAUACACAACACAGACAUCAUACUGACGUGCUGCUUUUCUAUAGAUGCGCUUCAGCUAUCAUCCUUUCCGCCCUUGGCUCGGCCAUUGGCACCGCUAAGAGCGGUAUCGGUAUUGCCGGUGUCGGUACCUUCAAGCCCGAGUUGAUCAUGAGAAGUCUUAUCCCGGUCAUUAUGUCUGGUAUCUUGGCUGUCUACGGUCUUGUCGUCUCGGUCCUGAUUGCCGGUGACAUGUCGCCCGAUGAGGACUACUCGCUGUUCUCCGGUUUCUUGCAUCUCGCGACCGGACUGUCGGUCGGUCUCUCGGCCCUGGCUGCCGGAUACGCCAUCGGCAUUGUUGGCGACGAGGGAGUGAGAAUGUUCAUGCUUCAGCCCAAGAUCUUCGUCGGAAUGGUCCUUAUUCUCAUUUUCGCUGAGGUCCUUGGUCUCUACGGCCUUAUCGUUGCCCUUAUCCUCAACACCAAGGCCACCGCCGGUGCUUAAGCAGUUGGCUUCUGACCAAAUUUCUUAAUUUUUCAUUACAACAAUUUUUUCUCUUUUUUUAUUUUCUUUCUAUUUUAUUCUUCUAUCUCCGUCCUAAAAAAACCAAAAGACAAGGAAGUUUUACUACAGUUAUAGAGACAGAUGAGAGUGGUUUAUAUAUGCAUACACACCCAUAUAUAAUAUACAUAAAGACGAGGAGUUUUGGGUUUAUUAUUCUUGGAAUCGAUUUUUAUUAUUCACAUUUGUUUUUCAACUCCUUUAGUAUAUUUAUAUUACUAGCCUUUUAUUAGUUUAUGAUUUGUGCUGCAUGUGUGGUUUAGGUGGAAGAAGGAGAUGAUGUUUUUCUUACAAGUAUUUUUUAUCGGCAGAGUGGGAGUGGGUGUUUGUGAAUACGAAUCUUUUCAAACCGCGGAU